AUGGCUCUAGCGGCCAUAACCCUUGCGAAAUGUCAAAUAUUGAAUAUGACUGUCCUCACACGUCAGAUACUUCUUGCAACAGUAGUGAGCGACUAUGUGGAGGAAAGCAGGCGCUAUGUACCAGAGGCCAUAGCGUUCUGUCAAGGAGCGUUGCUAAUGGCUGUAGAAAACGAAGAAAACGAACGUGCUCCAUCGGUUGCGUUCCCUAUUUCGAUGCCGCAUAAGAGAAUGCUCUACAUUACUGAGAAUUUGCCGAAGGAUGCGGAAGUGAAGCCGUUGGAAUUACCAGUGGUGUUUGCGGAAGAUGACUCAUCCAUGGAAGACUCCGAUUUGAUGCGAUGCCGCGUGUUACGAGCACUUGUAGCCGUUAUACAGAAAUAUCGUAUUCUCUAUGCUGCCCAUGAACACACCUUUACCGCCACAUUUUCUCCCUUUGUCGACCUGCUGAAACGUUUGCCUACGAGUCGUAUGCCAUCUGUCUUGGUUGAAGAAGUAGAAGCACUAACCCGUUCUAUGGAAGCGGAAUGCAAAUUACGAGCACGGCUCACUCAAAUGAGUCGAGAAGUUACUGAGAAGAGUAUGUUGAAAAUGUUGGAGCCCCGGUUUGAAGAGAACUUCGAUCCUGAAAGACCACGCAUGAGCCGCGAUCAGAAACGUCAAGGAGCACGUGCAGAGAAAGAAAAGCUGCGACAUUUGGUGAAAAAGGAGACACGUGGUGCUAUCAAAGAACUCCGUAAGGACGCUAUCUUCUUGAACAGGCAAAGGAAAGAAACAGCUGCUAAGGACAGAGACCGAAAGGAGAAGACGAAGAGGCUGAUGGGUGGACUUCAGUCACAACAAGGCGAAUGGAAUAAGGAAUUGUGGGAGAGUGGGAAGAAGAAAAAGAAAUGA